AUGGAUGUUAUGGAAAUGAGAAACAUACAUUGCGAAUUAGAUCCCCUAUCUAGGCCAGACGGAUCUGCAUUGUUUGCUUUGGGCGAUACCAUGACACUUUCUGCUGUAUAUGGCCCUGCUGAAGUUAGACCUCAAAAAUUGCUCACUGAAAAUGCUACAGUCGAAGUUUUGUUUAAAUCUAAAAAUGGUGUACCCAGUAUUUCAGAUAAAAUAAAAGAAGUAUCAUUAAAUAAUAUUUGUAAAACUGCAAUUUUAUCCUCUCAGCAUCCCAGAACGAGUAUUUCUAUUAUCGUACAGGAAAUGCAAGAUUAUGGUGGAUUGCUUGCAUGUUCUGUAAAUUCUGCUUGUUUAGCUUUACUAAAUGCUGGAAUUCCAUUAAAAUAUGUAUUUGCAGCUGAUAGUAAAGCAAAUUUUACCUUAGUUUUCGAUGGCGUCGAUAAAAAUUUAAUAGCUUGCAAAACUUCUGGAAUUUAUACUAAAAAUAAAUUCACUGAAGUUAUCAACACAUGUAAAGAAGCCAGUUUGAAAAUAUUUCAAUUUUAUUUAAGUGUUAUUAAAAAGUCUAUGACAAUUUAA